AUGCGUGUUGAGAGCGUCUCGGCGGAGCGGCAGCUCCGCCAGGCGCGCGAGCGCCUGCAGGCCGCGCGAGCGCCUGCGUGGCCCUCGGAGGACGGACAACCCGCGGCCGGCCGCCGAGCGCGCGCAGGUGGCGCUGCUUCAGGUCUCGGGCCCGCGCCACCGCAGCCGGGAACCCGAGGCGGACCCAGCGCUGGCGAGCCCGGGCUUCGUCGUGGCACGGCAGAGCAGGAGAGCGACGUUGGCCUCUUCGAGGCCGACGGUGCCCCCGCGCGCGGCGAGAUGGCCGAGCGCGCGGCGCUGCUCCAGCAGCUGAGCCAGUCGCAGGUGGAUGGUCAGGCGACUAAGACGAGGGAGAAGCGCCUGGAGGCCCUGCUGGUCAAGGGCCAGCGGGGCUGGAAGAGUGACAGGGACCGCCUGCUGCUGCUACAGCAGAAGUCCGCCGCCGAGCUGGCAGAGGGGGCGCAGCGCCUGAACGCCAGCCAGGCGCGGGCGCGGCGGCUGGAGCGGCUCCUCGGGCAGGACCACGCGCGCGGAGGCGGAACGAGCGGCCCAGGCUACCCGGAGGCUGCUGGCGGACGGGCAGGUCCGCUUGCACGAGGCCGCGUCGCGGCUGCAGCGGGCCACGGAGCGCAACGGCGCGCUGGAGGAGGAACUGCGGAGUCAGGCCCGGGCCGCCGAAGAGUUCAAGGCCAGAGAGCCGCCGAGGAGGCCAAGCGCCUGAGCGCAGCCAGCAGCGAGCUGCUGAGGGGCUCCCUCAAAGGAGCUGCUCGGCAGCAUGCAGUCGGCGCAGCGUCCCGCAGCGGCCGUCGGCGCCGCGCCGAGGGUGCGCGGCGGUCUCCCACGGGGGCCGCGCGCCAAGCCGGAUGCGACGUGGGAGGACGCGGCGUGAGAGGGGGCGCGAAUUUCCAGUGGCGCGCGCGCGCGCGAGGGGCCGGCUGCGCAGGCUGGCCCGUGGGCCGCGCACGCUGUUGGCGUGCGUGGAAGACGGCCUCCUCGAGCCAAAGAUCACGGCGGAUGCACGCCUCUGGACCGUUGGGCCGGCGAAUAUAG